AUGGGCGACUACGACUACCUCAUUAAGUUUCUCGCCCUCGGUGAUUCUGGAGUGGGAAAGACAUCAUUUCUGCAUCGUUACACAGACAACACCUUCACUGGUCAGUUCAUAUCCACUGUAGGAAUCGAUUUCAAGGAGAAAAAAGUGGUAAGUACAAGUUUGCAGCGAAAAUUUAUCUAUCCAAAGGUCUAUAAAAGUGCCCGAGGCGGAUUCGGUGGACGAGGACAGCGGGUAUUGCUCCAAUUAUGGGAUACGGCCGGACAAGAGAGGUACUUUGGUCUUAGUUAA